GUAUGGAGCCUGAAUGAGGACCGGCUUGUGGAGCCCGCUGAGAAGCUAAACUGUGUAACCCAAGCAGUAAGAUUUGAGUGUGACUCGCGUCCGUGGAUCUUGCAGCAGGCCUAGGGUUUAGGACUCAUUGACGAUCCUGCUUUGUACCCGGGCGUGAACCCGGCGCCCGCGUCGUUUUCCGCCCUCCGGUGAAUCAGAUUUCCGUUCCGCGUCCCUGCCGCUCUGACUCAGUAGCGGCAUGAUGGCUGAGGGCGGCGGACCCGAGUCGGGUAAUGGGGCUGAGCCCGACCCGGAGCCGGUGUCCGCUGAGACGACUGUUCCUCCACCUGAAACUCAAAAGGACAGCAUCGGGACACUUCUGAAGACCGCACUGCGGAAGGGCGAUGAAUGGUUCUUAGUUGACAACCGGUGGUUUAAACAGUGGAAGAAGUAUGUUGGUUUUGACAGCUGGGAUUUGUACAAUGUUGGGGAGAAUAGUCUCUACCCAGGACCCAUUGACAACUCAGGGCUUUUUUCAGACCAAGAGACUCAGACACUGAAGGAGCACCUUAUAGAUGAGUUGGACUAUGUUCUGAUGCCCACUGAGGCCUGGAACAAGCUUGUCGGCUGGUAUGGCUGCAUGGAAGGGCAGAACCCCAUUGUUCGCAAGGUGGUUGAACAUGGCAUGUUUGUGAAACACUGUAAAGUGGAGGUCUACCUAUUGGAAUUAAACCUGUGUGAGAAUAAUAAUAUGGACAAUGUGGUGACUCGCCACUUCAGCAAGGCAGACACUAUAGACAUGAUUGAGAAGGAAAUGAGGUCACUGUUUGGGAUCACAAAAGAUCAGGAGACACGAUUGUGGAAUAAAUAUAUGAGUAACACAUAUGAACAGUUGAAUAAGCCAGACAGCACUGUCCAGGACGCUGGCCUCUUCCAGGGCCAGGUGCUUGUAAUUGAGAAGAAAAAUGAGGAUGGUACCUGGCCUAGGCAGUCAACACAUACCAAAUCCAGCACCACCACAUCUCGGAACUUCACCACAUCUCCAAAGCUUUCUUCUAACUCUUCAGCCACCAUCUGCUCUACUGUGACCAACGGGGACAGCAGCAGUAGCAGCAGCAGCAGCAGCAGCACGGGGUUCUCGCUGAAUAACAGCACCUCCGCUGGAAACAGGUUGGGUGGCUAUAACUCCUAUAGCUCUUCCUACAACUACAGGGAGGUUCAGUCUCAGCCUGGCCUGUGUGGCCUCAGUAACCUUGGCAACACCUGCUUUAUGAACUCUGCCCUCCAGUGCCUAAGUAAUGCGCCGCCCUUGACGGAAUACUUCCUAAAUGAUCUAUAUGAAGCUGAGAUCAACCGGGAGAAUCCACUGGGCAUGCGGGGGGAGAUCGCAGAGGCCUACGCCGACCUAGUGAAGCAGAUGUGGCAGAGCCACAGUAGUCAUGUGGCGCCACGCAUGUUCAAGACACAGGUGGGCCGAUUUGCGCCCCAGUUCUCAGGGUACCAACAGCAGGACUCCCAGGAGCUGCUGGCUUUCCUCUUGGAUGGACUCCAUGAGGACCUGAACCGGGUCAAGAAGAAGCCUUAUGUGGCCCUGAGCGAUGCGGACGGUCGUCCUGAUGAGGUCGUUGCAAAGGAAGCUUGGACAAACCAUCGUCUUCGUAACGACUCCAUCAUCGUAGACAUCUUCCACGGCCUGUUCAAAUCCACACUGGUCUGCCCUGAAUGCUCCAAGAUUUCUGUCACCUUUGACCCCUUCUGCUACCUCACUCUGCCCCUUCCAAUGAAGAAAGACCGUACCAUGGAGGUGUUCCUGGUUCGCAUGGAUCCCCAGUCUAGGCCCAUGCAGUACAGGGUGGUGGUAGCCAAACUGGGUAUAGUGGGAGACUUGUGCAAUGCCUUGUCCAAACUGUCUGGAGUUCCUGCAGAGAAUAUGGUGGUAGCUGAUGUUUACAACCACCGUUUCCACAAAAUUUAUAAGUGGGAUGAUGCCCUUAACCACAUAAUGGAGAAGGAUGAUAUAUUUGUCUAUGAGGUGGAGGGGGACUUGGGGGAGCGGGUCAACCUGGCAGUCUACUUUAGGGAGAGGUACUCUAAGUUGUCCGGCGGUUCUUCGAGCACCAUGCUGUUUGGGCAGCCCCUGCUCCUCACCGUGCCCCGGCAGAACCUCCCCAUGGACAUGCUGUACGAGAAGGUGCUGGACAGGAUCUCCCGCUACGUGAAGCAGCCCCAUGGCUGCGUGCCUGAGCGGAAGGCCUCGGCCUCCACAUCCAGCAGCAGCAGUAGCAGCAGCAGCAUCCAGGCGUCCGUGGGAGCCAAUCGCGGCGCGGAGCUAUCAGAUGGGCCGACCUGCAGCGCGGGCUCUGCUGGCCUUUGCGCACAAGAGCGGGAAUCGCGUCCCUGCAAUGGCCCCAAUGGGCUGUGUGAAGGAGAGGAGGAAGCCAUGGAUCACCAGGUGAGCCUUGAGCAGGACAACAGCCAGUCAGACUGCUCCGUAGGGGAAGAAGAUGGUGCAGAUAUUGAGGACUGUCUAACUGGCAACCUGCCUAAGAAGAGUUGUUCUCGGCCUAAACUAUUUUCAAUCAGCCUGGUGAACUCGUAUGGAACAACCAACAUCACUCCUCAGCCUUGCGAUGGAAACGUCCUCAAAUUGAACACACAUUCCACAGUGGCCCUAGACUGGGAUUUGGAGAUGAAGAGGCAGCACUAUGAUGACCAGGAGGCAGAGGCCUAUGAGAAGCAUGAGAGCAUGCCGCAGCCUCAGAGAAAGAGGACCAGCGUGGCCUUGAAGGACUGCAUAGAACUCUUCACCACCAAUGAGACUCUGGGCGAACACGACCCUUGGUACUGCCCCACCUGUAAGAAGCACCAACAGGCUAACAAGAAGUUUGACUUGUGGUCCCUGCCUAGAGUCCUGGUAGUCCAUUUGAAACGCUUUUCCUACAAUCGCUGCUGGAGGGAUAAGCUGGACACUGUGGUGGACUUUCCCAUCAGGGACUUGAACAUGUCAGAGUUUGUGUGUGAUCCAAAGGCAGGCCCCUAUGUCUACGACCUCAUCGCCGUGUCCAACCAUUACGGCGGAAUGGGAGGGGGCCACUACACAGCCUACGCCAAGAACAAAAUCGAUGGGAAGUGGUAUUACUUUGAUGACAGCAGCGUUUCAUCGGCCACUGAAGACCAGAUUGUGACAAAAGCUGCAUACGUGCUCUUUUACCAGCGGCGAGAUGAAACUCCCGCGAAGCCUCCCCCUUCAGCGUCCCUGGGCGGGGCUCCUGACUGUGGGGACGAUCACAUGGACACCAACUGAGGGGCUCGGCGUGGGGGCCGUGCUCGCAGCAGCUUCCACUGCCUCGGACCCUCAUCUCCAACCACGUUGCCCAUCUGUUGCGUUCCAGUUUUUAGAUUUUUCUUCCCAUGCAUCGAUGUCGUUUUGAUGCAUUACCUAAAAGACUCCAUCUUUUGGAGCCCACGGGCUACAGAAGUGUCAGCCUGGCCGUGCUGUUGAGAGUACACAGGGAUGUCGACCUCACUGGACCACCAGAAUGUUUAAAAAAAAAAAAAAACAGCAAUUCUUUUAUGUGCUAUAGGUAUCUGAAGAGAAUAAAAUAAGCCAAAUGCACACACUGUUUGUAGCUAAGUGUUAUGGGGGGGGGGAUACAUUUUUUCUCAAUGUAUGUGAGGUAGGUGGAGCCAGAAAACCCAUCUUAUCCACUCAGUCUCUUCCUACUCCAUAAACAUACAUGGCUGCAUGCUGUAGUAUGCAGUGGUCCUCUCCUUCUGGGCAGAUGGGUAGAUAAAUGGUCAAAUGCAGGGGCCCUCUUUUGUAAAGAGAAUCUCCCAGAUGAUGGAUAUCUUUCUGCAGAACAUCCUCUCAGUUUGUCCGUCGCUGUUUUGACUAGCAAAUUCUGCCCACGGAACGGUGCACAGAAGCAGGACAUCACUAAGGUGUUCUUUUAUGGUCUGUGGGAGACAGGGCGAUGCCAUCUUGGCCUACAAGACUUGGGCUUUUUACAGUGCAGCUAUGUGUUUCAGCAGUGAAGCACAAGAGCACAGGCUAUUGUUUGGAUAAGGUUUUUUUUUUCAUUUUAUGAUGUGUGUGUAAAAAUAUGACACUUUUUCCUGGGUAAGCAGUUAUUAAAGUACACCAUUAUCACCAGGGUGUUUUACAUAAAGCUUGAAAUAGGUUGUUUUUGCUGCUGAAUUCCUGUAAUCUAUCCUCUGUAGUCCUGCAACAUUUCCUGUGGAAACAGUCUUUCACGGUAUCAUAACAUGCUGUAGCAGGGAAAUGGAAUAUAUUUUGAAUUCUAUUGUGUUAGCAAUGAUUAACAGUACUGCUGUAGGUAGGAAUGAGAGCAGGUAGAAGCUCACCAUGCAAAUGAGAGAUCAGAAGGGUAUCAGGUCAUAAUUCUUCAUAGGGUGUGGAAACCGUCUGAAUGGGCGUCAUUGUAUCAGGGUCCAGAAGAUUAACCCCCUGAGUUACAAUGAUCACUCAGCUAAGAGCAAAUAGCAGGAUGUCUGUAUGUGGGAUUUCAUAUGACUUGUUUUAUUCAUGUAGAAAACAUCUUUGAAAAUAAUGUGGUGGGUACCGAUUAAUGGGUUUAGUAUUUACUAAAUACAGGUAGCGUUGGUCGUUUUAUUACAGAAGGUGCAUUGCACAUAUAAAUCACGCCUGGAGUAAUGAUAACUUACAGAAAUGGCCUUUGUGGGUAAAUUUUCUAGAAAAUCAGCCUUUGCUUUUGCCUUCUACCUUCUCUGUGUUUGACGCGCUUUCCCUUCUGUGGAAAUAAUCUGAGCACCGUUUGGAGAUCGUCUGAUAAGUUAAACUGAGGUUUAUUAUACAGCAUUAGUAUUUGUAGCUCAGAAAAUUACAGUGCACUCUGGUGGAAAAAAAUAACCUGAAUCCCAAAAGCUUUUUUAAAGAUGAGUUGGCUAUUUGAUCUAAUUUAUAUUCCCAUUCAUUCACCAAAAUGUGGCUUUCCAGCUUACAAUCCUUUGUAUUCUACAUGUAUUUUAAAAAGUGUAAAAGCUUGACAUUUGUUAAUUUUUUUUUUUUUAGUAAAUUUGAAAGUGCUCUUUUUAUGGAAAAUUAGAAUAUCAAAGUAUAUGGGUUUAUUAGGUUAGACUAAUGGAUCCAACUUCCAGAUUUUGAUUAAGUUGUGUUUAACGCAGAUAUAGCUACAUCGAGGAGAGUUCAUGCUUCUUCCAUUAUACAUUAUCGUGUAAAUAUUGUGUUAUAGGUACCUUGAAUGACUUGCAUACAUUUGCAGAAUAAAUAGAAUAUUGCAGAGUA